AUGAAAACUCAGCUGGAUGCCCUCAAUGCUAACAUCAACCAGAAGCUAGAGGCCGCUACCAGCCAGAUAGAGGAUGCUACACGGCGCCUGGAGGAGGUGGAAAGAAAAGCGGCUGGAGCAGAAACGUGGGACUUGGCCGUGAGGGACACUUUACUUGACCUCAUUAACAACCAGAGAGAUUUACAGUCAAAGAUGUCAGACUUGGAGGGCCGCUCUCGGCUUAACAAAAUUAGGACCUACGGUAUUGCAGUGAAAACCGAGGGAACGUCAACGGCAGCUUUUAUUGAGAGCUUCAUAUUGAAUGAACUACGAGAGAGCAUCGGUAUUCAAAGAGGCGCAGAUCUUGGAAUAGAACGGGCUCAUUGA